CUCAGUGUGAAUCGUCGCUAGCUGGCGAUCGGUCGGUUUUCUUGGUCAGAUUUGUUUGCCUGUCUUCCAGCAAUUCGAGAGACAAAGGAAAUACUGUGAAAUAAUAUCAAUCAAUACUGUUCGGGAUCAAAAGUUCGUGAAUUAAUUUAGUGUAAGAACAUCCUUUUGGUCGAUUGAUCCUGCAAUAUGUUGAGGAUCUUUCUGUGCGGAAUUCUUUUACAAUACGCCGUGCUAAUUAAUGCCUCUGGUCUCUAUUCGGUGGUGGGGCCUGGUACCCUCCGGUCCAACUCCAAGUACAAUGUCGCUGUUUCUGUCCACAAGGCAGAUGGGCCAAGCCAGAUAAAAGUCAGUCUAAAUGGACCCUCCUACAACGAAACGAAGCAAGUCGAACUGCCGCCCAUGUCCACACAGAAUGUGGAGUUCGAGGUGCCCAAAUUGGCCACCGGCAACUAUGAACUUACGGCCGAGGGUCUAUCCGGUGUUGUGUUUAAGAAUUCUACCAAAUUGAACUAUGCGGAUGAGAAGCCAUCGGUCUUUGUUCAAACUGAUAAGGCAACCUACAAGCCUGCCGAUCUGGUUCAAUUCCGUAUCCUCUUUCUGGACGAGAACACCCGACCUGCCAAAAUUGGAAAACCUAUAUCAGUCAUAAUCACAGAUGGAGCUCAAAACAGAAUUAAACAGCUUAGCGACGUCAAGUUGACGAAGGGUGUAUAUUCUGGUGAGCUUCAGUUGUCCGAGCAGCCUGUUCUGGGCACCUGGAAGAUCUCCGUCAGCGUGGAUGGUGAUAAUAAGGAGACCAAGUCCUUUGAGGUUGACAAAUAUGUCCUGCCGAAGUUCGAGGUCAUCGUGGAUGCACCCAAGGCCGUGGUCGUUGCAGACAAGGUGAUCAGGGCGACGAUCCGCGCCAAGUACACAUACGGAAAGCCAGUCAAGGGCAAGGCCACAGUGUCCAUGGAAUCGCGCUAUGGAUACUUUGGGGGCCUGGGUACGAACGACAAACAGGAGAAAACCAUAGACGUCGAUGGAAAGGGUCAUGUGGAGUUUGACAUUACUAGCUGGACCCACGGAAGGUCAUACUUACCACCCAUUAAACUCUUUGCCGUCGUAACUGAGGAGCUGACUGGUAACAAGCAGAAUGCCACUGCCACAGUUAUGCUCCACCAACAGCGAUACACGAUAGAAACAUAUGAAAGGCCAGACCACUUUGAAAGCAAGAAGUCGUUCAUCUAUCAGGUUGUGGUGAAGAAUGUUGAUGGGUCCCCAGUCACGAGCUCUGCGAAGAACGUUAGGAUAGGCUUUAGCAAUUCGUAUAACUAUUUUAGUGAGCGAACUCAUGCGUCACGCAUUAACUUUGAGGCACCUGUGAAUGAGAAUGGCAUUGCCACCUUUAAUGUUACGCUGCCCGAAGGCGAAACUGAAUAUUAUCGUAUAUUUGCAUCAUUUGAUGGGUCAGAGGACAACAUCGGUUCCAUCUCGAAGUUCUACCCAAGCAGGGUGAGCAGGGAGCCACUUAAGAUUCAGGUGAACACCAAAAAGCCUAGACUAGGCGAACAAGUUUCCUUCGAUGUCGUCUCGAUUGGAGACCUGCCCUAUUUCGUAUACACCAUUGUGGCCAGAGGUAAUAUUGUACUCAGUGAUUACGUGGAUGUGCCAGAGGGCCGGAAAACAUACUCGGUUAAGUUCACCCCAACAUUCAGCAUGGUGCCCAAGGCAACGAUCUAUGUUCAUUAUGUGUUGAACAACGAUCUACACUUCGAGGAGACAACUGUUAACUUCGAGAAGGAGUUUGUUAACUCGAUUGAUAUUUCGGCUCCAACGAAUGCCAAGCCCAGUGAAGAGGUCAAGCUACGGAUUAAAACCGAUGCCGACUCCUUUGUGGGUCUUCUGGGAGUGGAUCAGAGUGUCCUGCUGCUCAAGUCGGGCAAUGAUCUAAGCCAAGAUGAAAUCUUCAAUAGCCUCAACAAAUACCAGACAUCAACACCCUCGAUGCAAGGCUUUGGACGUUAUCCUGGACAAAUAUCUGGCCUGGUGACGCUAACGAACGCCAACUACAUCUACAGUACUGGUCGCCACUUGAAGUUCCCUGAUGAAAACCCACGCUUUACAAUCUUUGACUCUAUGUUUUUUGAUCUCACACCAAUGGCCUAUAGAAGUAUGAUAAGUCUGGGUCCGAAUCGAAAAGAACCCUUCUUAAAACCAACAUCCCAACGAACAACAAUUCGCAAAGAGUUUCCAGAAACGUGGUUUUUUGAAAACGUGGGUGAAGAGGGCUUAACCCUGACCAAGAAGAUACCGGAUACGAUCACCUCAUGGGUGGUAACGGGUUUCUCCCUUAACCCAACUUCCGGAAUUGCUUUAACCAAGAGCCCAAGCAAGAUUCGAGUAUUCCAGCCCUUCUUUGUGUCCACCAACCUGCCGUACUCCGUAAAGCGAGGCGAGGUAAUUGCGAUUCCCGUGGUCAUUUUCAACUACCUGGACAAGACCCUUGAUGCAGAUGUAGUUAUGGACAAUUCCGAUCAGGAGUAUGAAUUCACCGAGGCCACCAACGAGGUGUUGGAGAAGGCCAUCGACGAGGUGCGCCGAGUAAAAAGGGUCACAAUACCGGCUAAUAGUGGCAAGAGUGUUUCAUUUAUGAUCCGACCGAAGAACGUAGGAUUCACAACCCUGAAGAUCACAGCCACCUCUGCCUUGGCCGGCGAUACUAUUCAUCAGAAGUUGAAGGUUGAGCCGGAGGGCGUAACCCAGUUCGAAAACCGGGCUGUCUUUAUCAACCUCAAGGAUCAGCCGGAGAUGUCUCAGUCUCUGGAAGCCGAAAUUCCCAGCGAGAUCGUGCCCCAGUCCGAAUUUAUAGAGUUCUCUGUGGUUGGUGAUCUUCUGGGACCCACGCUCCAGAAUCUUGACAAUCUGGUGCGCAUGCCGUACGGCUGCGGAGAGCAAAACAUGGUGAACUUUGUGCCCAACAUCCUGGUGCUGAAAUACCUGGAGGUCACUGGGCGAAAGCUUCCGUCCGUGGAGUCCAAGGCUAGGAGGUUCCUGGAGAUCGGUUACCAGAGGGAACUGACCUACAAGCACAACGAUGGUUCCUAUAGUGCAUUUGGAAAGUCGGACGCUUCGGGGAGCACCUGGCUCACCGCCUAUGUUAUGCGUUCCUUCCAUCAAGCAGGAAGCUACACGGAUAUCGAUCCCAAGGUCGUCAGUGCCGGUCUUGACUUCCUCGUUUCGAAGCAGAAGCAGAGUGGCGAGUUCCCGGAGGUCGGCAAACUCUUCGACAACGCAAAUCAAAACCCAUUGAGUCUAACUUCGUUCGUCCUGCUGGCUUUCUUCGAGAAUCAUGAACUCACCCCCAAGUACCAAAGUGCCAUUGAGAAGGCAGUGCGCUAUGUGGCCGAAGAGGCUGACAAGACGGACGACCAGUAUUCCUUGGCCAUUUCCGCCGUGGCCCUCCAACUGGCCAAGCACCCGCAGGCGGAAAAGGUCAUUGCUAAGCUGGAGAGCGUGGCCCGCAACGAAAAUGGAGGAAUGUGGUGGUCCAAGGCCUCGGAAUCGACUGGUGAGGAUGGAGGAGUUUUCCAUUGGAAACCUCGCAGUAACGAGGUCGAGAUCACCUCCUAUGUUCUGCUCGCGCUUCUUGAAAAGGAUCCGGCUGAGAAGGCGCUGCCCAUCAUCAAGUGGCUAAUAUCGCAGCGAAACAGCAACGGAGGAUUCUCCUCCACUCAGGACACCGUGAUUGGUCUGCAGGCGCUCACGAAAUUCGCCUACAAGACGGGCUCUGGCUCAGGCACCAUGGACAUUGAGUUCUCAUCUGCGGCUGAAGCCAAUAAUACAAUCAAGGUUAACCCAGAGAAUUCCCUGGUGUUGCAGACCCAUGUCCUGCCAAAGAGCACUCGCAAGGUCGACUUUACAGCCAAGGGAACUGGAUCUGCCAUGGUUCAGCUCUCCUAUCGAUACAACCUGGCGGAGAAAGAGAAGAAGCCCAGUUUCAAGGUAACUCCCACGGUCAAGGACACGCCCAGUCAGCUACUAGUGGUGGACAUCUGCGCCGAGUACGUGCCCUUAGAGGACGCCGACAAGGAUAAGGACUCCAACAUGGCAGUCAUGGAAAUCGCCCUGCCCUCAGGGUUUGUUGGUGACGUCGACAGCUUGGGCAAAAUCCAGGCUGUGGAUCGCGUGAUGCGCGUAGAGACCAAGAACUCCGAAUCCACGGUGGUGGUCUACUUUGACAGCCUAACUCCCGGGGACGUUCGGUGCCUGCCGGUGGAGGCCUCCAAGGCUCACGCGGUGGCCAAGCAGAAGCCCGCCUCCGUAUCUCUCUACGACUACUAUGACACGGACCGCAAGGCCACCGAGUACUACCAGGUGAAGAGUUCCCUGUGCGACAUCUGCGAGGGCGCCGACUGCGGAGAGGGCUGCAAGAAGGCCUAGGGACGAAGUGGAACGAUGACGAAAUCCUUUGAGGCAGUACCAAACCCUCCUUUGGAAAUUUGAAAUAAAAAAUAAAAAUUGCGAGCAUUCAAGUUUAAUAAAAUUCUUUAUGACCA